CUGAUUUCAGAAAAAGAAGCAUCUUCUGAUGAAUCCAAAGAAAUUGCUCCUACAUUGUCUUUCUCAGGCGCUGAAAUGGAACGUUUGUGUGUGAUUCUUCUGCUUGUAAGUAAAACUUUUAUAGCCAGCGCGCAAUUCAAUGGGUUCAACUGCGAUGCCAACUUUCACAGCCGCUUCCCCGCUGAGCGGGACAUCAGCGUGUAUUGUGGAGUGCAGACCAUUACGCUGAAGAUUAAUUUUUGCCCGGUGCUUUUCUCUGGCUACACCGACACUGACCUGGCACUGAACGGGCGUCACGGUGAUGCCCACUGCCGAGGGUUCAUCAACAACAACACGUUCCCAACUGUUGUGCUCUUCAGCAUCAGUCUCAGCACGUUGGAGGCUUGCGGAAACGCACUGGUGGUCUCAACAGCUCAGGGGCCCAACGCAUAUGGGAAUCUUUCCCUGGUUCAGAUUGGGAAUAUAGCCGGAUACAUCGACACUCCGGAUCCCCCAACGGUCAUCAGCUAUCUACCAGGACUGCUUUACAAAUUCAGUUGUAGUUACCCACUGGAAUACCUGGUCAACAACACACAGCUUGCUUCGUCAGCUGCGGCGAUAUCAGUGAAGGACAGCAAUGGCACUUUUGUGAGCACGUUGAAUUUACUUCUAUACAAUGACUCCACAUACAUCCAGCAUCUUGCAAUCCCAAUGUCUGGACUGACUUUGAAGACACGAGUGUUCGCCGCCGUAAAAGCAACCAACCUAGACAGGAGGUGGAACGUUCUGAUGGACUACUGUUACACGACCCCCUCUGGGAAUCCUAAUGAUGAACUCCGAUAUGACCUUUUCUUUGGAUGCGAUAAGGACCCGCAGACAACAGUGUUUGAGAACGGGAAGAGCCAAAUGGGCCGCUUCUCUUUUGAGGUGUUCCGCUUUGUCAAGCACAAGAACCAGAAAAUGUCCACUGUGUUUCUGCACUGCGUCACCAAGCUGUGUCGCUCUGACGACUGCCCCCUGCUCUUGCCUAUAUGCGGUAAGAGGAAGAAAAGGGACACUUUGGAAAGAACCGGUGUGGCCUCUGACAACGCAGUCAUGACCGCUGGACCCAUCAUCACCAGAAGUGAUGAAACUCCCAGCAAUAAUUCCCAACUAGCACAGUUGAACGGACCUCCAUUCAAAAUGAAUUCAGUGACGAGUGCCUUAAUUUCUGCCAUUGCAAUCCUUGGCGUUAUGAGCAUGUGUUUCUUCAUUUUGUCUCUGUCACUGCUGAGGGGGAAAUGGACGCCACCAACACCUCUGUCAGGAACACACAACCCAGCGUUCAGCUAAACAUACACACGGGUGUUCAGUCAGCUAAAAAAUACAACAAUACCUGUGUGCGGAGCCUUUCGGUUUUACACCAUCAUGCCAUACAGGGAAAUAGUAUCAUAAUACCACUAUACACAGCCUUUAGCUACACACAGUUUCCCUUUUUUGGGUUACAAAGCAUCAAUACAGCGAUUCUCGUUCCUGUAACUUUACAUAACACACAAUCCUAAAUCAUUAGAGGCGGAAUUUGAAAUGAUUCUCACACACAAAUAAAAAGGAACGCACUUAAAAGGUGCACUCAGUAUUUUUUUCCCCUCAUUACACAGAAAAAAGUCAUUUUGGCAAAAUCAUGUAUACACAAAUGUAUACAUACCUAGCUCAAACUAAUUUAGGGGUUGCCAUGUUGAGAUCACAGUACCAGCUGAAUAGGCUACUACUGACUUUAUCUCGGUGACGUCUCUAUUAUUGGACAAUUUUGUUAAUGCAUUAGAAUGGCAUUGGUAACUACAAUAGUUUUGAUAGUGAAAACAUUUGAUUUUUGUGUAAAUCUGCAUCCACAAUACUAGGUAUCAGUAUAAAUCUAAAAAGAUUUGCUCAUAAGCAACAACCACCAAGCCUAAUUUUAGGUCCAAUGAAUAAUUGUGUCAUUGUUUUGACCACAAUAUCUUAUCCAACACAACUACUUUCUCUCAUCGUUGAUGCAAGUGGCACUACAUUUAAAACUGUCCGCUUUUACGAUCAGAUUUCUCUUUCAGGCUGAUUACUGCACUCUAAAAAAUGCUGGGUCGUUUCAACACAAAUUUGGGUCAAAUAUGGAUUAACCCAAAUGUUGGGUU